AUGAAGUGGGAGUGCGAGUUGAUCUCGUUCAAAGUCCCUCUUCUAGCUUAUAAUAGAGCUGGGCAAGGGAAUGGCAAACACGUCUGCUUGUCGCGCCUUCUCACAAGACCAGACUUUGGGCUCCAUUCUCGCCUCGUCAUUGGUCGUCCGAAUCAGACCGGAAUCAAUCUCAAGAUUCACCAUCUGUUCUGCCUUGUGUCGCCGCCUCCUGACGUACACUGGGCAAGAUUCGCCCCACGAGAGGGACAAUGGCACGACGGGGGUGUUUUCCCGUUAUCGCAUCCACAUCCGAAGCCCGACCUCGCAUCAGCUUCUCCCGCCUCGUCUUGGCUUCCUGAGAGAUGGUUGAAGGGAAGUGCAUCAGGCGACAAAUGCCUCUCAAGGCCCGAAGGUAACGCCGGAGAGGACAUUGGUACUCCUGGUCAUCUACACAUCAUUUUGCAACGGCGCGCAACCCCGAAGAUUGGUGUUUUGCUCGGCGCCGUAGCCAUUUAG